UUUUCACAGACUUUACGCACGGAGCAGCAGCCCUCAGCGCUGCCGCACGGCGGCGCGCGUCCGCAGGCGCCCGUGGCACCGCAUUCGACGAGGCCGCAGCGUGCCAGGGCUGCGGCGUGGCGGUCCGGCCCAGCCUGGCCAGGACGCGCACCUAGGGCGGCCAGCCGCUCAGCAGCCGGCCGCGCCGACGAUGGCCGCAACGCAGCUGCGCCCGUGAGAGGAGCGGCGGGUGUGUACGGUCGGGAACUUGUGGCCUUCGAGCUCAGCGCAGGCGUGCCGGCUUCGGCGGCAAGGGCGCCUGGACUCGAAAGAGAAACGGCCCCGAGCUCAGGGGAGGCGCGCCGGCUUCGGCGGCGGGCGGGGAGCCAUGUGGAUUCCAAGGAGAAGAAAAAGUCAGAAAGCUCAGGCCGAAGGCCCCGAGCCGGCGACUCGGGCACAGGCAGAGCGGGAACUGCCGGCCGCAACAGCGCGCGCAAAAGGAAAGCUCGGUGCUCCCACGACUUGCUAACUGCCGAGGGAAAGGCGGACGUUCGGCACGCGCACGGGCCGGGCUCCACAGCGCUGGAGCUCUGCGGGGGGGAGGCGUCCACCGAGCGCCACGGCGUGCGUCCACCGCCAAUUAGGCUGUCGCGGCGGUGGCAGUGGCGCACGCUCUCCCCCCCUCUCAAGGGCCGUGCGAAUUGGCGCAGGCGAGGGCCACCGGGAUAAAAACAAAAACAAAAAAAAGGGGUGGUGGAUGCGAGGCGGGGGGGAAGGGCCAGCGGGGGUGAGACGCCCACGCGAGGGGGGCCGGCUCCCGGCAGCGACGAGAGGGAGGAGAGACGGGGGAGGCAAGGCAGGGGUGAGUUGGAAGACAGCCGGCGGGGCUCCCCAGCUGC